UGGGCCUGCGAUCUCGCCCACUCGCCAGUCUCGAUCGUUCUCGGCAUCCGCUCCUCUUCCCCUACCAGCCGCCGCACUCGAUCCCUUCUCCGCUUCCGCCGCCUUUAUCUCCUCCUCAAUCUCAUCCCACUGCCGAGCAAGUGAGUGUGUCUUCGUGCUCCCUUUGGAAAUCCCGUAACUUUUCGCCCAGAUCUUCUGCUUAAGUUAUGCAGCGAGAGUUUGCCUUGAGUUUCAUUGCUAUUUCCACUGCGAGGUGGCUGGCUUUGAUGCUAGCGUUCUUCUAGAUUUCUUGACGUUUUCCAUUCUUUUACAUUUACUAUAAUUCGAGUGCCGUACUUGACGUUAGGGUGACACAGGCUUGAUAAGUGGAAGUAGCGAUGACUCAGAAGUCUUUGACAUUUUGAUAAAACUCCAUAUCCAAGCUGGAAGUUUUCCACUUUCCAUCUGCUGGAAGCCUAGAAGCAAUUCCACAUUGUUUUGGUUGAUGGAUCAAGAUAAUUCUAUCAUGGACUCACCCCAACGUAGGCAUGGUCUAUUAAGAGAUCAAGUUCGGUUGGCAAAGAGAAAGAAUUCUGAUCGUUACGAAAUUGUUCCAAUUCAAGAUCCAUUGUCAUUUGAAAAAGGUUUCUUCAUAGUAAUACGUGCAUGCCAGUUAUUGGCUCAAAAGAAUGAUGGGAUUAUUGUGGUUGGGGUAGCUGGUCCUUCUGGGGCUGGGAAGUCUGUAUUUACUGAGAAGGUUCUCAAUUUCAUCCCAAGCAUCGCUGUCAUAUCUAUGGACAACUACAAUGAUUCUAGUCGCAUCAUUGAUGGAAAUUUUGAUGAUCCACGGUUAACAGAUUAUGACACUUUGCUAGAAAAUAUUCGCGGACUAAAAGAAGGGAAGUCUGUUCAGGUGCCAAUAUAUGAUUUCAAGUCAAGUAGUUGCAUUGGAUACAGGACUGUUGACGUCCCUAGCUCUAGGAUUGUUUUUCUUGAAGGGAUUUAUGCUUUAAGUGAGAAGUUGCGUCCUCUACUUGAUCUGCGUGUUUCUGUGACUGGUGGUGUACAUUUUGACCUUGUUAAAAGGGUUUUGCGGGACAUACAGCGUGCUGGACAAGAACCUGAAGAGAUUAUUCAUCAAAUUUCAGAAACAGUUUAUCCAAUGUACAAAGCGUUCAUUGAACCAGACUUGCAAACAGCACAUAUAAAAAUCUCCAACAAGUUCAAUCCAUUUACAGGCUUCCAGAAUCCAACCUACAUUCUAAAGUCGCCAAGGAAUGUACCAGUGGAUCAAAUCAAGUCUGUUCUUUCCCAAGAACACAAAGAAAGCACAGAAGAAACCUAUGAUAUAUACCUAUUGCCACCAGGUGAAGACCCGGAAGCAUGCCAAUCUUAUUUAAGAAUGAGAAACAGAGAUGGAAAGUACAAUCUCAUGUUUGAGGAAUGGGUAACUGAUAAUCCCUUCAUCAUAUCACCCAGAAUUACUUUUGAAGUUAGUGUGCGUCUUCUUGGUGGGUUAAUGGCACUAGGCUAUAGCAUUGCAGCUAUUCUGAAGAGAAGUAGUCAUGUGCUGUAUGAUGACAAGGUGGUUGUGAAAAUUGAUUGGUUAGAACAACUUAAUCGCCAUUACAUUCAGGUGCAAGGAAAAGAGCGACUGUAUGUUAGGCAUAUUGCAGAGCAAUUGGGUCUGGAAAGUGCGUUCGUUCCACGUACUUACAUCGAACAGAUUCAACUGGAAAAGCUUGUGAAUGAAGUGAUGGCAUUGCCAGAUGAUUUGAGGACAAAGCUCAGCAUAGACAAUGAUAUGGUCUCUAGUCCCGGAGAAGCACUCUCGCAGGCAUCUGCUGAUAAGGUUGCUGUGAGAAAUAAAUUUCAUAAAAGCGGAAUGUCUCAUUCCUUCUCUACUCAAAGGGAGAAAAAUAUUGCCAAACUCAGACUUGAUGUCAAACAGAGAAGGUUCGAGAGGCAACCACCUGAAUCACCGGCAAUCAGUCGGGAAGCUGUCAAUCAUCUAUCAGAGCAGAUUUCUGCUCUAAAUGAAAGAUUCGAUGAAUUUAGUUCACAAAUGGAAGAAUACAAUAAGAAGUUCAGCUCACAGAAAACUUCUAUGAGCCAACAAAACUUGGCCCUCCAAGGGGAAACCUGUAAUGGCUCUGUCCCGACAUCGCUGUUUAUGUCUAACUUGGGCAAUGGCACCCUUCUGCCCACUUCAUCAUCUUCUUCCCAGCUGAAUAAAGAUUCUUCCCUACUGGAUGAGCUAAUGCUCGUCUCGCGUGGUCAGCGACAAAUCAUGCAUCAGCUGGAUAACCUCAACAACUUGAUGCACGAGCGCUUGUCUUUGUCAUCCCGGCAAGGCUUAACUGAUAACAGAAGCAGAUUGCCCAACUGGAAUACAAUAGGGAUACUAGUAAUGGGAUGCAUCGGCAUCGUUCUGUUCAAAAAUCUGAACAGGAAUUAAAAUGAAGCCUUUGAAGAUCCUGAUCGAUGACUUUAGAUAUAUUAACCUGUUCAUGAUGCACAAUUGUGCAGGGCCUCAAGCUCAAGGAGGAACACACUGGAAUCGACAAAAGCUAACACAUUGAAGUUUUGCAGGAGUCAUGGUCCACCUCUCUCUCUCUCUCAUUUUUAUUUUAUUGUUGCCCUUUUUUUUCUUCCGCAGUUAGCGGUUGUAUCUUUCGGAUAGUAGAACCACCAAAAAUGUUAUUUCUGUCUCUAGCAUGCGGAUGUUAACUAAAAUAUAUUAAUUAAAAUGAUUUUUUAAUGGAUAUUAAGGAUCCAAUUUAUGCAGAA